GAGACCGGAGGGAGCCGCGGAGCCGAGUGGGGAGGCCAUCCCAUCUCUCGGGCUUCGGUGAGCAGCUGUGGGCUAGGCCGGGCCGGACCGGGCCACCGGGCUGAGAGGACUGGAAAGGAGGCCUCCUGCUUUGGGACUCCUGACCUCCAACCCACCCUCCGACUGCUGGACAGACUGUCGGGUUGAGAGUCCUGCAGUCCGCAACCCGGGUUCCCAGACUCAGGGGGCACCAUGGCCUCCCGCCUUCUGCACCGCCUGAGGCACGCCCUGGCCCUAAGCGGAGAGGGCUCGGGAGAGCCAACCCCAGGAACGGAGGCCGAGGACUUCCCGGAGAGCUCGGAGCUCGAGGAGGAUGAUACCGAGGGCUUAUCCACACGUCUCAGUGGCACUUUGAGCUUCACCAGCACUGAAGAUGAUGAGGACGAGGAGGAAGAGGAGGAAAACGGAGAUCCUCUGGGACCAGGGGCUGCUCUAGGCCGAAGACUUAAGAGUCCUGCAGAGGAUGGAGCUGGGGAGGAUGGAGAUCGCAGUCCCCCAGCAGAUGGUCCCCGAGGCAGUAACCUCUUGACACGACAACUACAGGACUUCUGGAAAAAGUCAAAAAGUAACCUCGUACCCCAGCGGCUGCUCUUUGAAGUGACCAGUGCCAAUGUCAUCAAUGAGCCCCCCUCCAAGUACGUGCUCUACACCAUCGCCCUGAUAGGCCCCGGGUCACAGGAACAUGCGCCAGCCCAGAUUUCCCGGCGCUACUCCGACUUCGAACGACUACAUCGGCGACUUCGACAGCAGUUCCGUGGUCCUAUGGCUGCAGUUUCCUUUCCCCGAAAACGCCUACGGAGGAAUUUUACUGCUGAGACUAUUGCCCGCCGCAGCCGGGCCUUUGAACAAUUCCUGGGGCACCUGCAGGCUGUGCCUGAGCUUCGUCAGGCACCCGACCUCCAGGACUUCUUCAUUCUACCCGAGCUUCGACAGGCACAAAGGCUUACCUGCACUGGCCUCUACCGAGAGGCCCUACGACUCUGGACUAAUGCCUGGCACCUGCAGAUCCAACUGGGCACUCCAGUAGGUGCCCAUCGAACACUGUUGACUCUGGUAGGCCUGGCUGUGUGCCACCAAGAGCUGGAGCAACCCAGCGAGGCACGGCUGAGUUGUGAGCAGGCGCUGCAGCUGCUUGGGGCUAGUGAUUCCCAUCCCCUGCUGGGACCUUUUCUUGAGGCUCAUGUUCGCCUCUCCUGGAGGCUUGGCAUUGACAAGCGCCAGUCAGAGGCCCAACUCCAGGCCCUACAAGAAGCUGGCCUCACCUCCACUCCACCCCCCAGCCUCAAGGAAUUGCUUAUCAGAGAGGCUCUGGACUAAAAGGGCUUCUUCCCAUCUUGACAAGGAUGGUGAGUGAGAAGCUGUGGGGACAUGGAAUGACAGGUAGGUUCAAUAGAAAGUGAUAAGGGAACUAGAAAGAUCCUAGGAUUCAGAAGAGACCUUAGAGAUUCCCUAGUCUAACCUCUCUGGAUCUGUUUCCUUCUCAUAUAACUUGCCCAAGGUUAAGUAGGGUAGUAAACAGCAGGUCUCAAAUGUGAACCUAGGUUCUUUGCCUGGAGACCUUCAUUUCUUUUCAGUCCUUGUCACCAUUUUGCUGUGCCCCUGACUAGCCCUGUGUAUCUAUGGUCAGCCUUACCUGCAGGUGGCAGUGAUGGGAACAGAGGAAGUCUGGCAUAUGUUUCUCUACCAAGGAGCAGCAAUGGACUCCUCCCCAGACUGGGCUCCACCCAUUCUCUCUUUCCCAUCCGACUUUGAGGUACAGUCUCCUCAGAAGGCCAGGGUAGUGGAGCAACUGCUCGGGCCCAGGGGAAUAAAAAGGCUGAACCCUCCGAGUGGUACCUGUUUUUAUUAUGGGCAAAGUGCUAUAGGAGUACAGCCCUUGCCCACAGUUCUGGGUAGAACAGAAUACUGGAAUGGAUGCAAGGGUUCCAGGGGUAGUUUCCUCCUACAGCUUACUGUCCAGCUUCCGCUGCUUCACCCGGAUCACACCCUCCUGGGCACAUGUUACAGCCAAGACCCCAUCUCGUCGCCACAGACGCCCGUGAACCAGCCCUCGAGAGCCACCUGCAUGUGGGCAGGCAAGGAGAGUGAGCAAUCAGCCUGUACUCAGACCCUUCCUAAACCUCACUAUUCUUCACAUCAAUCAUGCCAAGAGACCACCAAGGGAAAGACUGGGGGAAAGAGUACAUUAUCCUGUGGCUUCUGAGGCUAGAGAUAGCAACAAACAACCUCUUCCUUAACAGUAAGAAUAGCGGACAUUUACAUAGAACCUUUUUUGAUCCUCACAACAGUUCUGUAUGAUAUAAAGGCCUAACUAUGUACAGGUAUUGUCCAUGUUUUCAGAUGAGGAAACUGAGUGACUUGUCUGUCCUAGGUUACAUGACUUUUGAAGUGUAAUGUGAGAGGCAGAUUUUGAACUGGCUCCAAAUCCAGUGUUAUUUCCUCUCUAUAGCACACUGCUUCAACAGCUCAUAUUGGCUCGAGGCCUCAUAAAUGAGAUGGGGCCAGAGCCCAGUUCUUCUAGUUUAGGGCUCUUUCCACAUGACACUGCCAGCUUUCUCAAUAACCCACUACAGACCUGAAAUCCAGCAAUGUCUCUCAGUGUCUUGGCAGCUAAAACUAUUUUGACUUCACACCACCUCUCUUGUGUAAGCAGUUUUAUGAGGACCCAAAUCUGAUGCAAAGGGAAAGCCCUGGACCUGAGAGUCAGAGGGCCCAGGUUAGCAGUUCUGCUAUUUGCUACUAACUACUGGCAUGAUCUUGGACAAGUCACUUGGUUUUCUCAAAUUUAAAAUGAGAAGGGUUGAGAACUAGAUGAAUCUCAAAGACCAGUUCCAGCUCUGGAUCCUAUGACUGACUUCACAGUUGAUUCAUCUGGAGGUAUCAGUGCCACUUCCUCUCAGAGUUGUUGUGGGGAUCACAUACAGUAUGAUCAAAUAAGACGAUGGAUAGUGCUAGACAAAGUGUGGUGACAGUGCUGGA